GAAAGCGGGCUGUGAUUGGAGCAUUGCCGCCAUUGGUCGGGUUAUGCAGCAGCUGGUGCUCGUCCAGCCUAUGGUGAGCUGCCCUUGUAGUGACGCGUCUGUUGCUGGCGUUGUUAGUGGAAGUGAAGGGGGUGUGGAUGGCUGUUGUUUGUAGCCGGGGAACAGAGAUGGAGCCGGGCAGAACGGUACCGAGCGGCGCGGAUAUCCCCUCCGGUAACGAGAAGUCAAUGGCCAGUACACCUGCAAUGCCAGUGCCGUCUGCCCGGGACAUGAAGCUGCGGCAGGAGAAGCUGUCGGGAGUUGUGAAGAGUGUGCACCGGAGCCUACGGAAGAAGUAUCUGGAAGCUGGCGAUUUUGAUAAAAUAUGGAAAGAACACUGCAAAGAUGAAGAAAGACUUUGUGAAUAUGCUGUUGCAAUGAAAAGCUUAGCAGAUAAUCACUGGGCGAAAAAGUGUGAAGGAGAAGGUCGAAUUGAAUGGUGCCUCGGUGUCUGUCAAGAAUAUUUCUUCAAUGGAGGCAAAAGAAAAGCAAUUGAAAAAGAUGCUAGAAGAGCUGCCUUAAAUAAUACCCAACACCCCAGCGCCGACAACAUACUCAUGUCUGGUCUCCAUGUUUCAAAUGUCACCGCAGAAAAUCAAGACUUUCAUCUGCAUGGCAAGAUCCGAUUGCUUGAUGUGGGAAGCUGCUAUAAUCCUUUUAUGAAGUAUGAAGACUUUCUAGCUGUUGGUAUCGAUAUUGUACCGGCUGUUGAGACCGUAUAUAAAUGUGACUUCCUGAACUUGCAAAUCCAGAGGCCACUUCAGCUCGCAUCUGAUGCCCUUGAUGCUUUCCUCAAGCAGCUGAAGAGUCCCAUAGACUACUUACCUGCUGAACUAUUCCAUGUCGUUGUUUUUUCUUUCCUCCUUUCUUACUUUCCUUCUCGGUACCAGCGGUGGAUUUGUUGCAAGAAAGCUCAUGAACUCCUGGAACUCAAUGGCUUGCUGCUUAUUAUUACUCCAGACUCUUCUCAUCAAAAUCGUCAUGCAAUGAUGAUGAAGAGCUGGAAGAUUGCCAUUGAAUCCCUUGGCUUCAAACGUAUGAUCUACUCCAAAUUUUCUCAUAUGCAUCUUAUGGCAUUUAGGAAAAUCUCCCUGAAAACAACAAGUGAUUUGAUUACAAGGAACUAUCCAGAUAUGCUCUACAUCCCUCAAGAUUUCAAUACUGCAGCAGAAGAGGAAUCUUCAAGCCCUUGUUGUACACGAUCUGAAAUGGAAGAUGAGCAGAUAGCAUAUACUUUUUCUGAGUUGCCAGACGCUCCAUGUGAUUCAGACUCCGGAGAAAGUCAAACCAGCUCAAUGUCAUUCUAUGAGUUUGAAGAUCCUAUACUCCUCCUGAGCUAAGAUGGGCCUAUCAUUUUCUCAUGCCAAUGAUAAGGCAUAGACUUGAAAAGAAAAGAACAAUAAUAAUAAUAAUAAUAAAGUUUACAAAGUUUGCUAUUUUUCCUACGCCUGUAUUUUAGAGAUUUUUACUGUUGUGGAGAUCUGGAUAAUACUUUGUAGUAACUGCUAUACGGUUAGGACAUUUUUUUUGUUUGUUUUGUUUAAAUAAGAACACAAGGUACUUGUACCUGUUGGGACGCACCUGAAGCAUGCCUUUUAUACAUCCAUAUCUUUUGUGGUCACGUUUUGUUCACCAUUGUUAUGCCCAGAGUGGGGCAUAUUGAACAAUUAGAUAUCAGAAAAACUGGCUUGUAAUUUUUUGUUUCUAAACUGUUUCAACAGUCUUAAUGUGCACUAGUUGGUUGUAGAGGAAGAAUAAAUGGUCUUAACCAUUUGAUAAUUUGAAAGUGACUUCCAUUGAAAAGCAUUACCCAAAGAGAAGGAAAAUAAUGAAUAUGUUGUACACUAACUUGUGUAAAAUAAACAGAACAACCAAUAGCUUUUAUGAAUAAGUAAUAUUGCACUGUUAAGUAGGUAUAAAAGUUCUGGUAUGAUGUACAUUGCACACAAUGGGGAAGAUUUAUUAAUAAAUUUAGCCUAAAACUAUGAGGUAUAAGCAUCAGAUUUAUCAUAGUGCUGCAUGCUGUUUUUGGCAGACAUAUAUUACACUUUUUUAGGUUAAAUCUCUUGGUUAACUUUACACCAAUAUUUUUUAUGGCACAUGCCAUUAAUAAAUGUGGUGCCAAGAGCCUAUUACUACUUGUCUUAGCCAUGCCUCUUUUUAUAUGGCAUGUGGAGCAAAAAGUGUCUUAAGAACAUUAUGUAGUGUGUGGCAUGUAUACCAGAUUUUGGCACAGUUUUAUGAAGUAAAAUGCACCAGAAUUCUGUCUCUAUUCCCCCUGAUUUUUGUGAUCUGGGAGUGAUUUUUGACAUUAUUUCUGUUCUGUUAUAACUUUGCACUGAAACAAAGAAAGUUUGAUUUGCUAUUUUGAUUUAAAUAAGUUAUUCAUUUUUUAUUUUUUUUUAAAUAGUUUUAAAGUGUACCUUUCAUCAACAAAAACUUUUUAUAUAAUGUAGAUAAUACCAUUAUAUGUAUAUUUGUAAUAUACAUUGGUUAAAAAAUAUGUAUAUUUUUGUCCCUGCAGUUAUUGCCUGUGUGUCUCUGAGGAGUCCAAAAACAGGAAGUGAGGGUGGACAAGUAGGGCUCUGUGCAGUGAGGACAAGCAGAGCUUUGUACAGUUAGGCUCUGUGACAUGCUACGGGCUCACAGAUGAGGAUGAUUGACAAACCAGGAGCCUGCACAGAGCCCUGCUUGUCCUGUCUUCACUUCCUGUAUUUGUACUCCUCACAGGCAAUAGCUGCAGGGACAGCACUUUUUCACCCAUAACAACACAUAUUUUUAAAUGUGUAUGAGAAAUAUACAUAUAAUUGUAUGAUGUACAUUAUAUAAAUAGUUUUUGUUGACGACAGGUACACUUUAAAUGAUUCUAGGGUUACUUUGAUUAUUGCCUUUUGUGAAUAUGUGAAGCAUUAUUAGUCAUUGGUGCCACAAUUUGGAAAUAUUUUAAAUAUUUUCAUUGCUCAAUGCCAGUAUUAAGCUCUGCUAAAAUAUUGUCUUCCUAAUAAAACAUAAGACUACAUUUAGCAAUCAGAACUGUUUUU